AUGAAAGCUGUGUUUGGACUGCUGGUGUUGCUGUUUGGAGUCUCACAUGGUGAGUUUAUUACAGAGAGUGCUACUGAAUAUGCUGCACUGUUUCAAACCAUUACUUUCGAUGAUUUACAGUCAGAUUUUUUUUCUGGUUUUGAUUUUCAGAGUUGUGUUUCUGAAUUUAUGACAUGUGGUAAUAUAUAUAUAUAUAUAUAUAUAUAUAUAUAUAUAUAUAUAUAUAUAUAUAUAUAUAUAUAUAUAUAUAUAUAUAUAUAUAUAUAUAUAUAUAUAUAUAUAUAUAUAUAUAUUAGUAUAUAAACAUGAUUUAGGACUGGGACUGAUGUACCUGAAUAUUCAGUACUAAUAAGUUCAACAUGACUUUUGAAUAACUUUUGAUUAAGAAGUUCAAAAUAAACAUCACAACAUGUGUUGAUAUUCCCUCACAAAAGAGAGAGAGAGUUUUAUAGUUAUCAGUUCUGCUAUACCGAUAAAAUUUUUGCUAAUAUACUUUUUAUGGCAUCACCAAACUUUUGGAUGAGUAUUCUGCUCAGGGAUAGUUUAAAGUAACAGUUACAGCAAACCUAAUGAGCCCCAGAGCUUUUCUUUUUAUAACCAAAGUCUUUUAAGGAAAUGACAUUAUGUCCUGUGUGACUCAUCUGAUCUUGAGUUAUGAGUUUUUCAAGGAUUAAAGAGCACCGGAGAGAGUGCUGAACUCAUUAACAGUUCAAUCAAAAAUGUCAAAACUGAUAAGAUGGAUCCAGAAAUAUUCAAACUACCUCAGAAUAGCUACAGGAGUGUUUCUGUUUCUUACUAUCAGUCUUGUUAUUUGUCUUUACCAUUUUUCAGAAAUUCAGAAUAACACAUUUUUGAGUCAUUAUUGGCACAGAAAGUCAAAUACUUGUAGGUCAGGAAACAUACGAAAGUUCACUAUAAGAUAAAGCUCUCUGGUUACAAAGGGGACUACUUAAAAUGAUCACAAUAAACUACUUCAUCUAAGCGAAACAACAAUGUGAAUCUUUUUUUGCUCUCAAGAAAAAGAGUUGAGCCUGUUUGGUCUGAAGACAUAUUUUUACCCAGCAGUUAUUCUAUACAUACAAAAAGUUUUACAUGUGUCUGUGAUAAGAUAGUUUUUUUUUGUUGUUUUUAUGAAUGAUCAGUAUUGUCAUAGUAGGAUAAUUUUUUAAUCUCUCUAUAUUCCAGGUGUGGAAACAUCCUGUGAUGGCAGACAGAGUGGAGCUCAGUGUUAUGCAGCUCUGGGAGGAACUGUGCUCCUCCGGGUGAUGGAUGACGCCUCAAAAAUAUUUAAAUACGCGUGGAAGAAAGAAACUGCAGUAAUCAUCAGUGGGCGGAGGGAUAAGAUUGUGACUAAACCGCCAGAUCAAAGAUUCUCAUUUACUCCCAAAAAUGGAACAUUUUGGAUCAAUAACCUGAACAGGAAAGAUGCUGGUGAAUACGUUCUUGAAUUUUUUAUUGAUUCUAGUGGAACAAAUCUGAUGAAGCAGACUCUAAGGUUGAUCAUUCAAGGUAAAUAAAUUUUAUUUUUGCUCACUGAGGAAUAUACAGAUUUGGCAAAUACAUUUUAAGAGAAAAUGUUUUGUCUUUGAAAAGAUAAAAACUAUUAUGUUUCUGUUUUAAAAAGUCACCUGACUGUGUUUCUUGAAGCUACUGUGCCCUCUGUCCAUCUGGUCUCUGGGUGUCUGUCCCAUGGAGAAAUGGGGGUCUCCUGCUUCUCUAAGGGUGGAGACAGUCCACAGUACAGCUGGACUCUGGAUGGAUACGAGCUAACAGACAGACAGCUCCUCUCAGGAAAUAGUGAGAGUCAGAACAUCACUCUGAAAGAAGACGUUACAGGACAACUGGCCUGCACAGCCAAGAAUCACAUCAGUAGUGUCCAAGAAGAAAAAACUAUCUCUUCUUGUGGUGAGUGAGAGCACAAGAAGAAAACAUGGUGACUUUUACUCAAUUAUCUAAACAGACACGAGUGGUAAAUCUGUUAUUUCUUGAACAGGCUUCAAAUUCUUCGACUGCACCUUACUCAAUGGGACACGUAUAUCACAGUGGUUGCUUCCUACCAAGGAAACCCAGUGUAUUGAACCAACUCCUGAGGGUAAGGAGACUGACAUAACAGUGCCAAAUACUCCCUCUUAUGAUAUCACACCCUCCAACCACACUGGGAUUUUCCCAAGCGGAGGAGACCCAUGGUACAUUAGUAAGUGAAAACUAAAUUUGCUGCAUUAGAUUCAUCAAAAUGCUUGUGCUUUAUUUGUUUGAUUCUCCUCAUAAAUAUACAGCUAUGGUUUUCUCAUAUUACAAUAAUAAUGUGAUUUCCUACCAAGGAAAUCCAGUUUAUUUUAUGUAAUUUUUGAGCCCUGAUGACAUGACCAUAACUCAUAUCAGUUUAAAUUAAAAAAGAGUGAAACAGACUGCAAGCCUACUCCAUUAUAGUUACAUCACAAUGCAGCAAGUUUCUCAAGGCUUUAAAAUUCUGAUGAUAUACAAUCAUAUAAUAUUCAUUUUAAUCCAAAAUUAGCCUCUAAAGUUAAAUUGACUGGGUAAGAUUAUCUGCACCUUACUCAAUGGGACACGUAUAUCACAGUGGUUGCUUCCUACCAAUGAAACCCAGUGUAUUGAACCUACUGUGAAUUUAGAGUCAACUGCAGGUAAAAGAUCAAAUGUCAUGUGCAAAUGAAAAUCUACUCCUACGUUCAUUGCAUCAGCUGAUAUGACCUGUCAUUUCUGAAGCAUUAACCUCACUUUCUUUCUUCUUGUGUCCUCUUGCUUGAACAGAUUCCUCUUUGCUUGUAUGUGGUCUGCGAGCAGCUGUGGUCAUUCUGAUAAUAAUCGGGAUCUUCAUCUACUUUGCUCUGAAGAAGAAGAGAGCUGAAGGCUCAAAAGUCCCCGAAGAGGUGGAAUAUGAAAACACGUCGGUUGUAAUGGUUGAAAUGAGAAGCUCUGCUGCUGAACCUUAG